UAUCAGUGUGUAUUAACUCUGCUCUGUUUCCUCAGGGUCUGACUCACCUGGGUAAAGGCACUCUGACUCUGUGUCCGUACCACAGCGACCGGCAGCUCAUGAGUCAGGUCGCCGUGGCCGGGCUGCUCACCGUGCUCGUCUCCUUCCUCGACGUCAAGAACAUAAUCCUGGGGAAGUCUCACUACAUUCUGUACGGCCUGGUUGCAGCCAUGCAGCCUCGCAUGCUGGUCACCUUCGACGAGGAGCUGCGGCCGCUGCCCGUUUCCGUCAGAGUCGGACAGGCUGUGGAUGUGGUGGGUCAGGCGGGUAAACCCAAAGCCAUCACAGGCUUCCAGACCCACACCACCCCGGUGCUUCUGGCCCAUGGAGAGAGGGCGGAGCUUGCCACAGAGGAGUAUCUCCCCGUCACCCCCAUCCUGGAGGGCUUCGUUAUCCUCCGCAAGAACCCCAACUAUGAAACCUAGACACCCCGUAAUAAAAUUCCAAAUGUCUAUCGCCUGUUCCUCUGUUCGUAAGGGAAGCCCUCCAUGGCUCUUAGCAGUUGUUAUUGACACGUUUACUGUUUUGCUGAAAAGAUUUAAGGGUGGGUUUUCCCUUUUUGUUAUCACUAUAGCCCACCGUUAGCACAUUAAAAAAACAUGCAUGGUGGGGGUCUGGUUAGCCGGAUUAAGGAGGGAAAGUUUCCUCAUCGCCCUAACUCUGAUCCACCACCCUCAUGUAUAUGUUAGUAAAUUAAUAACAACUGCUAAGUCAUCAUCAAUCCCCUCCCCCCCCCUUCCCCUGCCUAUACCCUCAGUCAUCUUUUGUAAUUAGAGCAUUUAAAAGUAUGUAUUCACCGUUUUGCUUCUGUUUUUAUUUUUAUUUUGUUUCGGUUUUUGUUACAGUGCUGUAAAAGGUUUGAAUCAAAAAUAAUAAAAAACUUGAGACUCACGUC